AUUUCUUGGGGAGAGAUGGCGGGUGUGGUGUGGCAUGCUCACCACCACAAAGCACUCCAUCUCUUCCAUCCUUGCUGGGAGUCGGACCACCACCCACCAGACCAUCAACACCAUUGCCUUCCUGCCUGCCUCUCUUCUUCUCUUCUCCGACGAAGACAUUGUUGCGCCAGCGAACGAGGUAGCCAUCGAAGGAGGAGGAGGAGGCAUGGCUGCCGCUGUGUCCUUCUCCAGGGUGCAGGCCCUCCCCACGUGGUCCAGCUCCGUGUCCGGCUCCGGCGACGACCACCACUCCUACCCCAUGCUGGCCAUGUCGGCGCGGCCCCGGUCUAGGUCUAGCGCGCGGCCGCUUCGGUCGCCGACUCGGAUGAUGGGCAACGUGAACGCCGGGAAGGGGCUGUUCGCGCCGCUGGUGGUGGUGGCGCGCAACAUCAUCGGCCGCAAGCGCUUCAACCAGCUCAGGGGGAAGGCAAUCGCGCUGCACUCGCAGGUCAUCACCGAGUUCUGCAAGACCAUCGGCGCCGACGCCAAGCAGCGGCAGGGCCUCAUCCGCCUCGCCAAGAAGAACGGGGAGAAGCUCGGAUUCCUCGCCUGAACGGGGAGAAGCUCUUUCUAUAUAUGUAUGCUAUAUAUAAGCCAAGUACAAGUACUCCAUCCAUCAUCAAGAGUGGGAAAAAAAGGAGCAAAAAUCUGUUUAAGUAGUAGCAGCUAGUACACGCAUGUCGUUGAUGUGAGUCAGAUGCUUCUUCCAUUCAGUUUCAGAUGCUUCGUAAGAUGGUAUCCAUCUAUCUGCUUGCAUCUUCUUCAUUCCUGCACCCAUUUGCUUGUUCUUGGACAGACAUUUGUUGUUAAGUACAUGCACAAGAUGCAUUGACGGAAAAAAAAAAGGAAUCAUUUCAUUUCAUUCA